AUGACUGGAAGAGGAAGAGAACUAGCGGAUGUACUAAAAAGAAGACGAAUAAAUGUGGCAUGCUUACAGGAAACUAAAUGGAAAGAGUCAAAAGCUAGAGAAAUAGGUGAAGGAUAUAAGUUUUAUUACUGUGGAAGUGAUGGAAAAAGAAACGGAGUCGGAAUUGUGUUAGAUAGUAAUUUAAAGCAAAGUGUUAUGAAUGUAAAAAGAGUGAGUGAUAGAGUAAUAGCAAUAAAAAUAAUGUUACAGAACAUAAUCGUUAAUGUGGUUAGUGUAUAUGCUCCUCAGGCCGGUUGUGACGAUAGAAUGAAAGAAAAGUUUUGGGAGGAAUUCGAUACUGUAAUGAUGGACAUUGCCAGUACAGAAGAUAUUUAUAUAGGGGGUGACUUUAAUGGGCAUGUGGGAAGAUUGAAUGAGGAUUAUAAGAGAGUGCAUGGAAAUUGGGGAUUUGGAAAUCGCAACCACGAAGGAGAGGCAUUACUAGAGGCAGCUUCCGCUUUUGACUUGGCCAUCACCAAUGCAUGGUUUAAAAAGAAACAGGAUCAUUUAAUUACCUACACAAGUGGACACCAUAAGACACAGAUUGAUUAUUUCUUAGUCAGGAGAAAUAAAAUCAAUUGUGUCAGAGACUGUAAGGUCCGCCGGGUGAGGAUCUGA